CCUCUAGCCAACCGCUGCUGCUGCUGAAGCCGUGUUAGUUGAGCGCUGUGGCCACAGCGAGACGCAGAACGUGGACGUCAGUGGCUUUUCAAGGCACAAACCUCGAGCGAGCCACUGUAUCACCGCAUCAAAAAACACAGCAAUGCGCAGGAAAUCUAGGAUGUUACUAUGUUUCGCUGUGCUUUGGGUUCUGGGCAUAGCUUAUUAUUUCUAUUCGGGAACAACGCUGAGUCGAAAGGAUGACUGGAGUGGCAUUAGAUCAAUCCGAAUUCAAACACACAGCAAUGCAGAUGACAAAGACCACAGCCUAGAAAGUCUUCCUCUAGGGAAGGUUCGGUGGCAGGACUAUGACCAGGAUCUAUAUGUUGGAGCGACUGUGGUGCGUCCAGGGCAGGAUCCCUACGCCCGAAACAAGUUCAACCAGGUGGAGAGUGACAAACUUCGAAUGGACCGCAACAUCCCGGACACCAGACAUGACCACUGUCGUCAUAAGCAGUGGAAGACAGAUCUACCUGCAUCCAGUGUGGUCAUUACUUUCCAUAAUGAGGCCCGUUCAGCCCUGCUGCGCACUGUCGUUAGUGUGCUGAAGAAGAGUCCUCCUCAUCUCGUCAAGGAGAUCAUCUUGGUGGACGACUACAGUGACAACCCUGAAGACGGUGCCUUACUUGGGAAAAUCGAGAAAGUCAGAGUCCUGAGGAAUGACCGUCGAGAGGGCUUGAUGCGAUCUCGAGUGCGAGGGGCGGAUGCAGCCACGGCCAGUGUACUGACCUUCCUUGACAGCCACUGCGAGUGUAAUGAACACUGGUUGGAGCCCCUGCUAGAAAGGGUUGCUGAGGAUAAGACUCGGGUUGUGUCGCCCAUCAUAGAUGUCAUUAAUAUGGACAAUUUCCAGUAUGUGGGGGCAUCUGCAGAUCUUAAAGGAGGUUUUGAUUGGAAUCUGGUUUUUAAAUGGGACUACAUGACCCUGGAACAAAGACGAGCUCGGCAAGGAAACCCCAUCGCUCCUAUCAAGACUCCCAUGAUUGCCGGUGGUCUGUUUGUAAUGGACAAGGACUACUUUGAGGAGCUGGGAAAGUACGACAUGAUGAUGGACGUGUGGGGCGGUGAGAAUCUCGAGAUCUCCUUCAGAGUGUGGCAGUGUGGAGGCAGUCUGGAGAUCAUUCCCUGCAGUCGAGUGGGUCACGUCUUUAGGAAACAACAUCCAUACACUUUUCCAGGAGGCAGCGGCACAGUGUUUGCCAGAAACACAAGGCGGGCGGCAGAAGUUUGGAUGGAUGACUUCAAGAAUUUCUACUACGCCGCUGUGCCUUCAGCCCGUAAUGUGCCGUAUGGAAACAUUCAGAGCAGGCUGGAAAUGAAGAAGAGAUUGGGCUGCAAACCAUUUAAAUGGUACCUGGAGAAUGUCUAUCCUGAGCUGCGGGUGCCGGAUCAUCAGGACAUUGCGUUUGGAGCUCUUCAGCAGGGUCAGAACUGUCUGGACACACUGGGCCAUUUUGCAGAUGGUGUGGUGGGGGUUUACGAGUGCCACAACGCAGGGGGCAAUCAGGAAUGGGCCCUGACCAAAGACAAAUCGGUGAAGCACAUGGACCUGUGCCUGACAGUGGUGGACCGCACAGCUGGCUCACAGAUCAAGCUUCAGGGCUGCAGGGAGAACGACACCAGACAGAAAUGGGAACAGAUCGACAACAACUCCAAGCUACGUCACGUGGGCAGCAACCUGUGUCUGGACAGCCGGAGCGCGAGGAGCGGAGGCCUGACGGUGGAGGUGUGCAGCCCGUCGCUCACCCAGCAGUGGAAGUUCACCCUCAACCUGCAGCCGUAGCUCCACGUCCAUCCCAGAAAGACCCCCUGCUCGCCCUCGGACAGCCUGCGCUGGGCACGCUCUCAGCCCUCAGAGAAACUCGCUGCCCGCACACAGACUCAGGGCCGCCACGGUGCCGCCUGCUGCUCCUCAAGGGCCACGGGGCCACCAAAACACAAACAAGAUGAUGACUAUUUCCAUCGUACUAUAUACCUCACUGUUUCAUGUUGUCCAGCUCUUGGAAAGUGAAUCUUAAGUGUCGAAAACUUUAUUUUUUUUUUGGGUUCCAAUUUUCUGGUGCAAAGGAUCCGUUUUCGUCUUUCCUUCUCUUAAUUUUUUGCCUUUUGGUGUCUUUUUCCAGCACAUUUUUAUUUCUUUUUUCCGCCGAUGGACGUCCAUUGUUGUUGUUUUUUUAUUUUUCUAGUCAUGUUUCCAAUAUCGUUGAAUGUAAAUGAUCUGUUUUAUGGAGGCUCCCUUCCCUGCGCUGUGAUGGGACUGGAUUUUAGUUUGGGUUUGGUUUAAUUUGAGGGCUCAUGGGAUGGAGGGGAGGACUCAUUUGCGGUGCGCGACACACACAUACACACUUUGACUGUGCUGCCAGAUUUUCACAGAGCGCACCCUAACGGAGAGGGAGAAAUCAAAAGACCAAUUCUUUUUGUUGUUUUCUAGUUUAUAUUCAAUUGUCUUCUUUUUGUUGUUGUUCGGUUAAAGGUGCAAUGUGUAAAGAUUCAACCCGCUUCCCGUGAGUGUGUCCUGAAGGAGAACCGAGGCAUUGUACAGAACAUGACUGCUGGAUUCACAUACUGUAGCACUGGCUGCUUACCAAUCUGAAAUACACACAACAAAAACCAGUUGUCAGCCGUUUGUCUCUCAGUAAUCACUCUAUGUAGCCUUUAUUUACCAGGCCAAGCGUAUCAUGUUGAUAUCUCCAAACAGAGCUUGCACUUGGGACGGAUGUGCAUUACUCCUCAUCUUCGACUAUUUUGUCCGACUUCUGUCCAUCUUAACAUUAGCGCUGGUUUCUAAUCAUCCUGGAUGAUUUUUUUUUUUCUCAAGACCAAUGGUGAUCCUCAGCCGCUAUGGCCAAACUUAACACGCUACAUCAUUACUGGAGCGUCCUGUUUCCUUCUUUUCAUGGUUAACAGUUACUGCCUUUGUUUAUCCAUGAUACUGUAAUGAAAAUGUGAGUGUUUGUGUGUGCACGGGUGUGUCUGGACUCACAAUGGAAGAAUGCAAGAUGGUUUUAUGUGUGUGUGUGUGUGUGUCUAUUAAUUCAUUCACACCCCCAAAAUGCUUUCUAACCUUGAGUUAUUGUGGUACUUCAGUUGACAGAUCUAGUGUUACUGUAAAUCCAACGGACAAAACGCCUGUGAUAUGUGAAAACCGAAUCAGUUAACCCAUGUAUAACUCUGACUAACUUAUUGUAGGCUAGGAAAUCCGGACUAAAUGAGUGUCUGGCUGCGUUUGGGUCAGCUCUCCUCAUGUAUCAGCAAGUAAGUGUUAUGUUAAUCCUAGACUUGUAUAUGUUGGAUUCGUCUGCACCGGCCUGUGUUUGUUCCCACAAAUUCUCCAUAAAACCCGCGGAGGACUCUCUGUCUUGAUGUUUCCAAGUCUGGACAGAGAUCGUGUGGCCUUUAGGAAGACAUUCAGUCCACUUGCCUGUGUUUUUUGUUGUCGUGUCUGAUAAAUGAGUGGAUAGCAGGUGUUGAUGUGGACUGCACUUUUUUGCCAUACUGAAUAAUGCCACCUUUCUCCAGUUUAACAGGAGAAGCCAAUGAAUGGUAUAAAGUUUGGGCUUUUAUUUUCUUUUUUUUGAGAACUCGGCCAAAUUCGGAGCAAUAUGUGAUGGCUAAUCUUUUGAAUUGGAUAAAAUGUUUACAUAGCACAGUGUGCCAAAGUCAUUUGCUGUUAAAUCGAAACAUGAAAACACACUUCAACUUCAGAUUAGGACAGUUUGAUUCUUUUUUUUGUUUUUUUUGUCAGUAAAUGAAGGACAAUGUGACCCCAUUUUUUAUUUUAUUUUUUAUGUCUUUUUGGUUUCCUUGAAAGCCAGUUUUAGGAAGAUCUUGACGUUGCGGAGGAAACAGCGUGGGGUCAGCAGUUGUAAUGGUGUAUAUGUGUGUAUAUACAGUAUGUAUGUCCAUGCAUGUACAUUUACACAUUCAGUUGCAGUUAUAGUGAUUUGGUCGACUGUACAGCGCUUGUAUUUGUUCAUUGUUUUAUAGAUAUUGCCAACGUUUGAAUGACGGAAAAUAAUUAAAUUAAAUAAUAAAAAAAAUUAUAUACAA